AUGAUGGUGGAAGGAGCAGAAAGAAGAGAAAAUCCAACCCCACCGUUGUUGGACAAAAUCUCGAAGGACGAGAAUUCCAAAACCUGGAUUCUUAGUCGGAACACGUUGAUAGCAAGUUUUGGAAUAGUAAAGAUCCAAGUUUGGGAAAGUGGGUUUUCAAUUACAUAUGUUCCCAGCUGGAAAGAGUAG